UGACGGGUGAUGCACAUGCAGUGACGGGUGAUGCACAUGCAGUGACGGCUGAUGCACAUGCAGUGACGGGUGAUGCACAUGCAGUGACGGGUGAUGCACAUGUAGUGACGGGUGAUGCACAUGUAGUGACGGGUGAUGCACAUGUAGUGACGGCUGAUGCACAUGCAGUGACGGGUGAUGCACAUGUAGUGACGGGUGAUGCACAUGCAGUGACGGGUGAUGCACAUGCAGUGACGGCUGAUGCACAUGCAGUGACGGCUGAUGCACAUGCAGUGACGGGUGAUGCACAUGUAGUGACGGGUGAUGCACAUGUAGUGACGGGUGAUGCACAUGUAGUGACGGGUGAUGCACAUGUAGUGACGGGUGAUGCACAUGUAGUUGCGGGUGAUGCACAUGUAGUUGCGGGUGAUGCACAUGUAGUUGCAGGUGAUGCACAUGCUGUGACAGGCAAUGUACAUGUAGUGACGGGUGAUGCACAUGUAGUGACGGGUGAUGCACAUGUAGUGACGGGUGAUGCACAUGUAGUGACGGGUGAUGCACAUGUAGUGACGGGUGAUGCACAUGUAGUGAUGGGUGAUGCAAAUGUAGUGACGGGUGAUGCACAUGUAGUGAUGGGUGAUGCAAAUGCAGUGACGGGUGAUGCACAUGCAGUGACGGGUGAUGCACUUGCAGUGACGGGUGAUGUACAUGUAGUUGCAAGUGAUGCACAUGCUGUGACAGGGGAUGUACAUGUAGUAACGGGUGAUGCACAUGCAGUGACGGGUGAUGCACAUGCAGUGACGGGUGAUGCACAUGCAGUGACGGGUGAUGCACAUGCAGUGACGGGUGAUGUACAUGCAGUGACGGGUGAUGCACAUGCAGUGACGGGUGAUGCACAUGUAGUUGCAGGUGAUGUACAUGUAAUGGCAGGUUAUGUACAUGUAGUAACGGGUGAUGCACAUGCAGUGACGGGUGAUGCACAUGCAGUGACGGGUGAUGCACAUGCAGUGACGGGUGAUGCAAAUUCAGUUGCGGAUGAUGCAAAUGCAGUUGCGGAUGAUGCAAAUGCAGUUGCGGGUGAUGCACAUGUAGUGACGGGUGAUGCACAUGUAGUUGCAGGUGAUGCACAUGCUGUGACGGGUGAUGCACAUGUAGUGACGGGUGAUGCACAUGUAGUGACGGGUGAUGCACAU